AUGGCAUCGCUUCUCGACAGCCACCCGGAGCUUACCGACAAUUUUUCAAGAGAUACAGUACUGUGCGACGUGCCGGACGAGUCAUGUCGCUCAGUCCGCCAGAGGCCGACAUUGAUCAGGAACACCCGCGCCAGAUCGCUCGAGAACUUCAUAGACAAUCCCAACAGUCCCAUUGGUGACGAAGAUGGCGUGGCAAUCGUUCACGCAACAAACAACAACGCCUUUACAUCCAUUCUCAAUGCUGCCGCCGACACGGAUGAGAACUCCCGCCGGAACCUCCAUCUUUACGCCGGCUCUUCUACUAAUUCAUGCUCCGCCAUGGACCGCUAUAGAGAAGCCAUCGGCCGCCUGGACGCACCGACGCGGAAGUUCCUUGCAGAAAAGGGCGUCUUUGACUUACCCGAUGCUUACCUGGCAGACAGUCUGAUACAAACUUUCUUCGACUACGCGGAUCCGCAAGUGCCCCUAAUUGACAAGACGGAUUUUUUGGAACGCUACAAAACACGGAAUGUUCCUCCGCUGCUCCUACAGAGCGUCAUGUUUGUUGGAAGUCACUUCGCUCUUGACGAACAUGUCGCUGCCUCACCGUGGUCGACCCGCACUGAAAUGACUGCAGCCUUCUUCGAGAAGGCGAAGCUCAUAGCUGACUUUGAACUAGAGAGAGAUCAAAUCACUUUGGUGCAGUGCUUUGUCUUAUUAGCAGAACGGUGGUUUGGUUGGACCGAAGAGAGAAAUACGAGGUACUGGAUGAGCCGAGCUAUAAAUGUGGCGUAUAUGAUGGGCCUACACCGCAAGAUAGAAACUCUCAACUUAACCCCAGCGCAAAAGAGGCUUUGGAAUCGCGUUGCUUGGGUAACCAUGGCCAAAGACUGUUUCGUCGCAGCAAUGUUCGGAACGCCUACUAUCAUUGAUGACAGGUGGACGGACGGUGAAGAGCUCAUCUGGAAUUCCAGCUAUUUUGAUGAGUCUCGAGAUGACCAGGGAGUGGAUUCCGCCCCAUCACGUACCCCCGAGACGGUCAAUUACAGCACCGCGCUCGUGUGGCUUGGGGCAUUAGGUGAGCUGUCUUCGGUAAUGAGCUCGAUAAUAGCUUACCCGUGA